AUGUCCACCGGUCUACGCCGCAGCACCAGGGUCCGGAAGCCCACGGCGCGCUCCCUGCCUCAACCUUCCUCCGUGCAGACUACUAACCGGGUCCAUCGAGCGUUGGUCCCCAAGACUGCCCUGGAUGGCUUCAUGAUCAAGGUGUAUGCUGAAAUCCACGCUGCCGCUCUGACCCCCAUUUCCCAGGCAGAACGUUCCGAGAUCCACGGUGUCCUCCGCAAGGCCAGAACCGUCCGGUUCCUCAAGUUCCUGCCCAAGAAGACGCGAGACGAAGUGACCACAGCACUGAAGGACGCCUCACCCAGCACGCGAAGGGUGAGCGGAGUGCACCGGGAUGCCAUGGACAUAAUUCAGGUGAGCCCAUCCACCUUGCGCGACCGACUGCAUCAUUUCCCCAACCUGUUGCUGCUGAGCAUUUGCGCGCACUCUGAAACGUUCCGCACGGCGCUGGCCCAAGAAGCCGCCGUCAGCAAAGCCAACCACGAGCCGACGUGGGCGCACCUGCUGGCGAAACUCAAGCAGAGCGCAUCCAGCCUGGAGCUGUUCGCGCAGACCAGAGGGCUGGGUUGGCGGAGAGCGCUGGCCGCUCACGACAAUGACUUUGACAUCCUCCUCAGCCGUGUCCUGCGCGAUUUCCGUCUGUCCGGUAUCGACAAGACGAGUUUCGGGAUUGGAACUAACGACCUACAAGAACUGCACGCGGUCGACGACACAUCGCCAUACCAUUGGGUGCUGCCGCCGAACAAUAAGAAAACCGUACGCUGCGAGAUCGAAUACAAGGUCACGGCCGAUCUGAUGCGCGAUGGCGUCGCAGUGCAAACCGGCAACAACACCAACAACGCUUCACCACCGACGCUCCAGAUCAACGACGACCAAGUCGUCCAACAGUGGGACAUUGCCGAUUCCAUCAUCCUCCCGAACUACACGUGGCCCAAGCUGGCGCCGGAAGCCGCGGGGGAGCCACGGUUCUGCGGCUUCAAAGACAGCCAUUGUGUCGCGUGCGGCCAGGAUCUCACUUGCACCUGCACCCCCGCGGACCUGCUCGACGGUGGAGCCGAGGUGCUCGUCGAGCUCAUCACGACCGCCCGCACCGGCACCGGCGUGCGCGCCCUGCAGGACAUCCGCGCCGACCAGUAUCUCGGCGAAUACGUCGGCGAGAUCUACCCGGCCAGAUUCAGCCGUGGCGGCGCCCUGGUCACCCGCUACGGAGGCGCCUCUGGACACUCGUAUAUCCUGGAAGUGCCCAUCGCGCGGGCCAGCGACUAUGUCGUCAGUGCGGCGACGAGUUCGAAACGAAGAAGAAAAAGGACAAACCCCGGAGUAUCCUCAGCAGCAACAGGGGCGAAAAAGACAACGACGACAGCGACUAAAGCAAAAAGCAAGACUAAAUCUCGGGUCCCGGGUUUGCUGAUCGACUCGACCGUCCGCGGCAAUUGGACACGCUACAUCAACCACUCGUGUAAACCGAACACACAAUUCGCCAUCGUCAACGUCGGCCAGCAGCGUACCGUGCUGUUCCAGGCGCUCCGCAGCAUCAAUUACGGCGACGAGAUCACCGUCGACUACGGAGACGAGUAUUUCCUGCAUUUCGACUGGGGCUGCAAGUGCGGUCAUGCGCGCUGUCGGUAUUGGCGUGAGGGUGUGGGCGUCAGGCCGGAUCGUGUCACGCUGAAGAUGGCGUUGAGUCAGAAGAUUGCGCCGAAGUGGGCUGAGGACGAUGAUGAUGUUCCUAUCGAGUAG